GCAUCAGAGAGGGAGGUUACGCAUCGCCCCCUCCUGCUCCGUUCUGCGUGUGUUAUGAUUUCCUGCCUCGAGUGUUUCUCAUUGCCCUUACCUCCCCACGUGACCUCGCCUGACCUGGGAUGCUGGAAAAUACUCCCUCCUUGACUCCAAACUGCCAUGUUGUGACCUCGCUGGUUUUUAUAUAAGAAACGAGAUUUUUUUUAUAUUUAUUUAUUUAUUUAUAUUUUUCUCGAACGAAACUUUUCCUGAAUGUGAAGAAAAUUCGAGUUUAUAUUAUUUUUUUAUUUUUGGGGUGAAGAAAAAAAAUAUUUGUUGGUGAUUUUUAUUUGAUAGUUAUUGUGGUGAAACUGCGGCGGUGGUGGUGGUGAUGGUGGUGGUGAUGGGGAGAGGGGCGUGGUGGUGGUGGUGGUGGUGGUGGUGGUGUGUGGUGAUGGUGGUGGUGGUGGUGAUGGCGCCCCUUCCUGGAAUGUGCAUCAAAUGGCUGGCACUGUCUCGGGUGACCAGCCUGGCAGUGACGGCGCCGGGCAGCCCUCAGGUGUGCGAGAGCUUCCGCGGGUCUCUGGUAAGGCAGCAGGUGAGGUUCUGCAAGGAGAAUCCAGUGUUCAUGGACAGCGUGAAGCGAGGCGCCAUCUGGGCCAUCGACGAGUGCCAGUUUCAGUUCAGGACGCGCCGCUGGAACUGCUCCACGCUCAACGACGAUGCCAUUGAGGCGUUCAAGAAGGCGUUCAAACCGAAACCCCCGCCAGAGCCGCUGAUGGUGAGCAACAAGACAGAGAGAGCGGCGCCCAUGGGGGUGAUUCUUCCCUCCAGCUCCCCCGGUCGCCCCCCCAACACCAGUUACUACCAAAACACCUCCCCAGCUCGUCCCCCUCACAGACAGAGGAGGGGCAGGAAGACGAAGAAGAAGAGUAAACGGAAGAGGAACAGAGGAGGAGGAAAGGGAUUAGUCGGUCCUUACCCCAUUGUGCCCCAGGGCACUCGGGAGGCGGCCUUCGUGCACGCCAUCUCUUCAGCCGGGGUGGCCCAUGCAAUCACCCGGCGGUGUUCCUCAGGGGAGCUGGACGACUGCGGCUGCGACAGAUCCGUGCGGGGCGUCACCAGACAGGGUUUCCAGUGGUCAGGGUGCUCAGACAACAUAGCCUACGGAGUGUCGCUGUCCAAGAGAUUCGUGGACGCCCGUGACAGGAAGCUGGUCAAGAGGAAGAAGACAGGGCGAGUGAGCUCCAGGGCGCUUAUGAAUCUACACAAUAAUGAGGCGGGAAGAAAGCUGAUAGAGAUAAACAUGCGCGUGGAAUGCAAAUGUCAUGGCGUCUCUGGCUCCUGUGAACUGAAGACCUGUUGGAAAGCCAUGCCUACUUUCAGAGAGAUCGGCGAAGUCCUGAAGGAGAAGUUUGACGGCGCGACGGAGGUCCGAGUGAAGGAGGUGUCUGGGCGGGCGGAGCUGGAGCCCAACAAGCAGUACUUCAAGAAGCCCACUGAGGUAGACCUGGUGUACGUGUCCUCCUCUCCUGAGUACUGCGAGUAUGACAUCACCAGUGGCUCUCUCGGCACACAGGGACGCAGGUGUAACAAGACGUCACGAGGGCUGGAUGGCUGUGACCUCCUGUGCUGCAGUCGAGGCUACACCACCACGCAGGAGCAGGUGAAGGAGCGGUGUUCCUGCAAAUUCCACUGGUGUUGUUACGUGAAGUGUGGAACUUGUAUCAGAGAUGUUACUGUCCACUAUUGCAAGUAACACCAGCAACACCACUGUCUGUCUGUCUGUCUGUCUGUCUGUCUGUCUCGAGUACUUUUUAAAUAUCUAGUAGGGUGUUUCUGUGUGUUAUUUGUCUGUCUGUCUGUCUGUCUGUGUAGGUGAGCAUUUGUAUAGUAAAAAUUAUGUAGUGUGUAUUCUUAAUUCUUCUUCUUCUUCUUCUUCUUCUUCUUCUUCUUCUUCUUCUUCUUCUUCUUCUUCUUCUUCUUCUUCUUCUUCUUCUUCGUUUUUUCUUCUUCCUCUUCGUUUUUCUUCUACUUUUUCUAUUCUUCUUCGUCCUUUUUCUACAUUUCAUACUUGUCCUCCUCCUCCUCCUCCUCCUC